AUGCCACCGUGGCUCUCCGCCUGCCUACGCAGGUCCAAGGGUGGGCCCGCGUCGCCACCAUCCGAUGAGGGCGUCGACGCCGCCGAUCGCUCGGUCACCCGCGUCGUCGAGCGACACGUCCACAACAACGAGCUCCACGCGUCGGCCCUCAACACCCAACUCGCCAACCUUCCGCCAAGCUACCACCUGCCCAGUGGCCCGAGCUCCAUCAACGCCGGCCAACCGAAGCCGCCCGACCGCAGCCCACCCCGGCACCGCCUCCACCUCGGCGCCGGCGCGAACGGGUCCGUGUCUUCCCUCCGCCGCGCAGUGCUCUCCGUGCACCGGGACGACGAGCCGUCCGUCCUCGACAUGGAGAUGCUCGACGCGUCCCUCACGGCGGAUGACCCGCUCCUCUCCACCUCGGUUGACGCGCUCCUCGCCAGGGCGAAGAACCCGCCCACCCCGCCCCAGCGCACCGUCACGAUCGACCACCUCGCCUACCCGCACAUAUUCGAAGACAUCCUCUCAUACCUCUCACUGGAGGAGUACGCGCGCCUUCGUGGCCUCAACAAGGCUAUCAAGUCGGAUGUUGACUCCAAGAUAUACACGCACAUCUGGAUCCGCCCCGUCAGCGGCAAUGCCGCCCUCGAGUUCCUGUACCCCGACUCGAAUCCCCCGCGUCGCCUCCCGGGGCUCAGGUUCAACGCCGGCGCCAGCCGUGCUGACAGACACCUCACGUUGGCGGGCCUGCACGAACACACCCGCGUCGUGGACAUGGACCUGGGCGAGACGUCUAUGACGCCGCUCUACUGGAAGAGGUCGUGGGAUAACAGUGCUCUCGCUGCCGCUAUGAGCCAAGUGAAGGUCCUGCGCCGGCUCGACGAGCGUCAGGGCAUUGCGAGGGACCACCUCGAAGCCAUCACCGUUGGCGGCGGUGUCACGCACAUGAUAAAGACCCUCACGGCCGACAUGCACUUUGAAACCGAGGUGUCGUUCCUUCACCUGAAUCUCGACAUUGCUCGGAGCACCUUGAUUUCCAGGCUCCCGGUCCAAAUCUCGCGUCCAGGCCGCAAGAACACUGUCAUCGCCAUCAACCUCGGUGGUGGGUGCCCCGACAUUUGCAACCUUCCGAUGCCGAUCACAGUCACGGCGGAUGUGAGCAACCUGGUCAUUCUCCUCCUCCCAGCACCGAACAAACACAACCAUGAGCCAAAUUCAACUGCCCAGCGACACACCGGGAGAUCACUCGGCAUCCUCUGCGGAAUCCUCAAGGGCCUGCUGUAUGGCCACGCAUGGGGCGAGUACACCGAGCGGCGCAAGAUCACCAUCGGCCCAAUGGAGCUCAUCAAUAACGACGAUCUCCACCUCGACCUCGACGAAGGCGUCACCCUCGAGGAGCGCAACGAGAUCAUACUCACCAAAAUCACAACAAUGUACAACCCGCCUCACGUCGCCAACAUGUUCUCCAAGACCAUCUCGCUGCUCUCGCUCGAGGAGAUGCAGGCCAAGAUUGGCGCCGACGUGUGGGACUGGGUGACGGUUUCGCCGGCGGCGCUGUGCCCGGGGAUGUCGGGGUAG